GUUUCUUUUCAGAUGACCAUUUGCUCACAACCUGAACUAAAGUGAUGAAAAGGAUGAGCAAUGUCACAGAAUUCAUUCUCCUGGGCUUGACUCAAGACCCAGAUCUGAAGAAACUCUUAUUUAUUGUAUGCUUAGUAAUCUAUUUGAUCACACUGGCAGGUAACACACUCAUCUCAGUCACCAUCUUCACCAGUCCGGCCCUGGCUACUCCCAUGUACUUUUUUCUGUCCUACUUGUCCAUCAUAGAUGGUUUCUACUCUUCUUCCAUAGCACCCAAAAUGAUCUAUGACUUGAUCUCUGAGAGGAGCAGCAUAUCCUUCAAUGGCUGCAUGACUCAGCUUUUUGCUGAGCAUUUUUUUGCAGGAGCUGAAAUCAUCUUGCUGAUUGCGAUGGCCUAUGAUCGCUAUGUAGCCAUCUGCAAGCCCUUGCAUUAUAUGACCAUCAUGAACCGUUCUGUGUGUGUUUCCUUGGUGGUAGCAGCUGGAAUUGUGGGAUUUGUUCAUGGAAUGAUACAGACCACAUUUAUUGCCCAGUUACCCUUCUGUGGCCCCAAUACCAUUAAUCACUUUAUAUGUGAUUUAAUACCAAUCCUGGAGUUGGCCUGCACUGACACUCACAUUAUAGGGCCCCUGAUUGCUGCCAACAGUGGGUCAAUGUGUUUACUUAUUUUCUGUAUACUUAUUGCUUCCUAUAUAGUCAUCCUUCACUCCCUGAGGAAACACAGUUCAGAAGGACGUCACAAAGCCCUAUCUACCUGUGCUUCUCAUGUCUGUGUUGUUUUCUUAUUCUUUGUACCUUGCUCAUACCUGUAUAUAAGACCAAUGACCUCCUUUCCCAUUGACAAAAUUGUGAGUGUGUUUUACACCCUAGUGACACCUCUGUUGAACCCUUUAAUUUAUACUCUCAGAAAUGAAGACGUCAAAAAAGUUAUUAAGAAACUUCUGGGUCAAAUAAGGACACAUUAUGGUUAAAUAAGUUUAGUGAUUUUCUAUAGUUAUAUAGUAAU